GCGUGAUCUGUCAUGGCGUCGUAGCAGACUGCAUUUGGUUCGUGGCAGAAACAAUUUACUACAACCAUGAAUCUGGCUUUCAGCGACACAGGAAUGACACUUGCCAUCAACGCAGCUAUGUCUGCGUGUGGCUUCCUGCUAUGUUUAAACAUAAUUCCAAAAUUUGGAAGCAUGUUUGUCAAGGCGAAUCUGUUUGGUGUGGACAUGAGUAAACGAUCUAAAGCCAAAGUACCAGAGGCACUGGGUGUGAUAUGUGGAGCUGUGUUCCUGAUUGUCAUGUUCCUCUUCAUCCCCGUACCCUUCUACAAGCACCUGUCGGACACCGACGCUGCCAAGUUCCCCUAUCAUGAGUAUGUGGAGUUUAUAGCAGCCCUCCUGUCUAUCUGCUGUAUGAUAUUUCUGGGAUUUGCCGACGAUGUCCUUGAUCUGAAAUGGCGACACAAGUUGCUACUGCCGACAAUGGCAUCCUUGCCACUACUGAUGGUGUACUUCGUCAACUUCAAUUCUACAACCAUCAUUGUACCCAAACCUCUUAGGUUGUUGCUUGGGUAUGAUGUCAACUUAGGGCUGCUGUACUAUGUCUACAUGGGGAUGCUAGCUGUGUUUUGCACCAAUGCGAUCAACAUUUUGUCUGGAGUCAAUGGCUUGGAGGUUGGACAGUCCUGGGUCAUCGCGAUCUCUGUACUCAUCCAUAACUUUAUAGAGCUGUCAGGAGAUUAUCGGUCAAACCAUGUGUUCUCCAUGUAUUUCAUAAUGCCCUUCUUUGGAGUGUGUUCAGCGCUGCUUUAUCACAACUGGUACCCAUCGAGAGUGUUUGUGGGUGACACUUUCUGCUACUUUGCUGGGAUGACAUUUGCAGUUGUUGCCAUCCUGGGACAUUUCAGCAAGACCAUGCUGCUCUUCUUUGUCCCCCAAGUCUUCAACUUCCUAUACUCUGUGCCACAGUUGUUUAAGCUGGUGCCCUGUCCUCGACAUCGCUUACCCAAAUAUGACCCCAAGUCUGAUAAAGUUGGGAUGAGUUACACAACCUUCAAAAAGGGUGACCUUCACCCUGUCGGUGACCUGUGCCUGAAGGUGCUGAGGUUAUUAUUCCUGGUGGAGGUGAAGGACGGGCAGGGGGAAGAUGGGAAGUUGACAGAGUGCAACAACUUGACUCUCAACAACCUGAUCCUCAAGUUUAUGGGACCUCUACAUGAGAGGACUCUCGUUAUAAUAAUUCUGGGUUUUCAGGUAUUCUGCAGCGCUGUUGCAUUUCUCAUCCGAUAUCAGCUGUCAAGACUGUUUUAUGAUUCAUGAAUCAAGCCAUGAUUCAUCUGUUGUUAUAUUUUGUUUUGCUUGUAUUUUACAACAUCAUUCGACUGUGUUGAUUAUUGUCAAACAUAUUUAUUACUUAGUUUAGGUAACCAUGGUGAAAUUGUUGUGCCAUUGCGAUGUGUGUCUGAGAAAAUAUACCUCCACUGUUUAUGGUUCUUCGAUUGUCUUACUUUUUUCAAUUUUAUUUAAUGGUUCACAAAAGUAUUUUCCAGAACCAUGGGGUUGCAGUAAAGAUAGAAACAAGAAGUGGAAACAGUUAUGUUCCUUGACAUGAUCCAGAAUCUGUAUCCACAGUAUGUGUAGCACUAUGCCAAAUGCAAGCCUAUAGUAAA